UUUGACUACGUUGAAGAUGUCAGAACCAUGGGAAAAUUCCAAUCACCCCUUGUUCAUUCAUCACUCAGAUCAGCCUGGAGCAGUUCUCGUGGCACAGCCCUUAGUGGAAGACAAUUACACCACCUGGGCUCAGUCUAUGAGCAUGACUCUUAUGAUUAAAAACAAAAAGGGCUUCAUCGAUGGAACCAUUCAAAGAUCAACCCAGAGAGUUGAAGAACAGUUACAAUGGGACCGUUGCAACACAUUGGUUAAAACUUGGUUGUUGGGUUCUAUGUCGAAGGAAAUAUCCAACAGCAUCAUCCACUGCAAGACUGCAAGAGGUAUGUGGCAAGAGUUACAGGAGAGAUUUUCUCACACUAACACAGUGCAACUAUUCCAUAUCGAAAAUGCCAUUCAUGAUUGUAAGCAGGGUACGAGUUCUGUCACUUCUUUCUUUACCAAACUCAAAAGCUUAUGGAAUGAGAAGGAUGUGCUAUGCGAAAUUCCUCCUUGCAUUUGUGAAGUUUCUAAGGAAAUUAAGGCUUACAUGGACACGCAGAAGACGAUGAAAUUCUUAAUGGGCCUCAACGACAACUAUGCAACAAUCCGGAGCAGCAUAGUGAACAUGGAGUCUUUUCCCAUAGUAAACCAGGCUUAUUCAAUGGCACUCCGCCAAGAGAAGCAAGCUGAGUUGUCCACCGGAAAAGCCAUGGCACAGCCAGAAGCCACUGCAUUUGCCAUGAGGAGAGGCAACCGUGAAAAUGAAGAUGGAGAAGGAGCAGUAAGGUGUGAGAAGUGUAACAAGACAAAUCAUUCUACCAAGAAUUGUCGUGCACAUCUCAAAUGCACUUUCUGCAAUAGUAGACACCAUACCUUUGAAUAUUGUCGAAGAAGGAAGGCUAUCAUGGGAGAUGGUCAAGGAAGCUCUAAGGCAAACAAUGCGGUCUCAUUCAAUGACAAGAAGGAGACUGCCAUGAAUUUCCCUUUCUAGCUCUCAAGAAGAUUGCCAACAAUUGUUGGGUAUCCGUAUCACUACUGUUAAUCAAGUUGGUAAUGUUCCCAAUUAUGAGGAACUCUCAGGACCUACGAUCGGGGAAGAUGAUUGGGACGGAACAUGAGAGGGAAUGACUCUACUGCCUCGACUUGAUCAAGAAAGGAACAUGUCAUGUCGUUCAUGGUCACACUCAAAGUUUUUGGCACCAAAGGCUCGGUCACCCUUCGAGCAAAGUCUCUAUAUUAUUUCCCUUUCCUGCAAAUAAGGCUUGUGAUACAAGCAACU